GUGCGCGCGCGCGCGUGUAUAAGUAUUCCCCCACUUACGAUGGUCUGAUUUCCAAUUACGCGGGCAGCACCAUGAACGUCUCACGCGCCUUGCUGACGCUUUUGCUCUUGGCGCGGCGCGCCGAGUCGCGCUGCUCGCCCACUUCUUACUACAAAAACUGCUGGAUUCGGAGUUUCACGGGAAUCGUCGUGGACUUGGAGGAGUCCGAGAGGCAAGGGGCGCGGCUGCUGAGGACUUACCGGGAGGAGAGCGCGCUGAGAUGCGGCCGCACUUGUUGCCUGACGUCGAAUGCCUCCUCGUGCAACGUGGCGGUGUUUCACUUGGACGCCGCGCAUGACAACUGUUGCCACCUCCACUGUCCGACUUUGGAGAGCUGCAUCAUCAGCCGCAGCACCGAGGCUGUCCUCUACAACGUCACCAAAGGUGUGGAUCCGGACCUGUUGGUGUUUGGCAAACACCUGGCCUCCAACAUCCGCGUGGGUCGCGUCAACGCCUCUGAGCUGCUUCCCUUGGACAAGCGACAGUUCUUCCAUCCGCCGCCGCCUGUUGCCACCAUCAAACCAACAGCCUCCAGCACCCGGAAAACCACUGGCAGAUCCUCAACAGUCACCCCAAAACCUCUUCGGUCAUCCGUCAGCACAUUCCAGACGAGCAUACCUCCUUCAUCCACCACCUUGGUUCCUUACCACGCCCCGCCAGCUCCUACUUUCCUCCCCACGACCGCCACCACUCGUCCCCUGACCUCCUCCACGUCCGCAGGCACCGUCGACACCAAUGAUCGGAGUGCCCAAACGUCGGUUAAAAAACAAGACUACCCCAGCAGUCGAGCGUGGAUGGAAGAGCGAGACCCUAAUUAUCGAAGCACCAACGAUUCAAGCACCCUAGCGUCUGUUCGAGGGCGAGACACCAACGAUUCAAGCACCCAAACGCUGGUUAAAGAGGGGGGAACCAAUGAUCCGAGCACGCAAACGUCCACUACAGAGAGAGGUGCGAAUGAUCUGAGCACCCAAACAUGGUUUAGAGAGCAAGACACCAAUGAUCCAACCGCCCAAAUAUUGGCUAAAGAGCGAGAAUCCCGCCAUCGAAGCACCCCGCCGUCCUUUACAGAGCGAGGCACGAACGAUCCGAGGACCCAAACGACUGUUAAAGGUCGAGGCACCGACGGUUCAAGAACCUGGACGUCGGUUGAAGAAACGAGUCAACCAAGCUUCCAGAGGUCAUUUCAAGGGCAAGACACCAAUGAUUCAAGCACCUGGACGUCGGUUGAAGAAACGAGUCAACCAAGCUCCCAGAGGUCAUUUCAAGGACAAGACACCAACGAUUCAAGCACCUGGACGUCGGUUGAUGAAACUAUCAAAGCAAGCACCCAGAGGUCAUUUCAAGGGCGAGACACCAACGAGCCCAGCACCCAGGCGUCGUUUCAAGACCGAGACAGCCAAUCGUCCUUUCAAGAGCAAGACACAAACAAUCCGAGCACCCAAUCGUCGUCCAACGAGCCAGACACCAACGAUUCAAGCACCUGGAGGUCGGUUGAAGAAACGAGUCAACCAAGCUCCCAGAGGUCAUUUCAAGGGCAAGACACCAACGAGCCCAGCACCCAGACGUCAUUUCAAGACCCGGAUAACCAAACGUCCUUUAAAGAACAAGACACAAACAAUCCUCCGAGCACCCAAUCGUCGUCAAACGAUCCAGACACCAAUGAACCGAGCACCCAGACGUCAAUUCAAGCGCGAGGUUCAACUCUUGGCGGAGAGGACACCUUGGUGGAUUCGGGACCCGGGUAUCAGGGCCUGCCGGUGGUGCUGGUCGCCUGCGUGGCCGUAUUGCUGGGCUGUUUAGUCUGGCUGGUUUCAAGGUGGAGGGCAAAGAGGAGGAGCAGCAGGAGAAGGAUGGAAUGCCGCCGUACGUCCAGGAGAAGAGAGACCACGCGUCUGAUCAAGUACGACCUGGUCACAGAGGGCGACAACUGACUGAAAAGUUUUAAAGCGGAUUCCGAUCUUGAAUUUUACUGCUUUGGACCAUUUUUUCCUUUGGGUUCCCCUUAUAGGGGAGACUUUUUUUUUUGUGUAGGUCUGUUGUAUUUUUAUGAGUGGAAAGGUCAUAUUACAAUAGCGUAAUAUUCUCACCCCAA